AUGCCACUUUCGUUCGAAGAUGUCAUGCGCGUCGCUACGACUGUAUCGACGCUGUGCAUGUGCAUCAGUCCCCUGUCGACGGUAAUCCGGUUCCAUCUACGCCGCAACGUCGGGGAUGCGGCUGUUCUGCCGUACGUCACGCUCUGGGUCAGCAGCCACAUGUGGAUGCUAUACGGAUGCGUAAUUGGCAACAUAUUUCCCGUCUUCGUCACGUACGCCAUUGGCGACACACUCAGCGUUGUCUUCCUCGCUGUGUACAUCCGCUGGACAGCUAACCGCAGAGCUGCCAUAAAAACGUGUGCCAUCGCCUUACUCUGGAUCGUUGCGGUGACCACGUACGUUGUGCUAUGCAAGACCGAAGUGCUCCAGCAGUCCCAGCAAACGCUGUCGCUAGUAAUGGGCUCGGGACCAGUUGCAGCCUGGUGCUCUACGCGUCGCCCCUCGCUGCGGUCAAAGUCGUGCUGCAGACAAGGUCGUCAGCUUCGCUGCCAUUCGCGCUAA